CCGCCCAUCCCGACGGUAACCCCGCCCCGGAAGAGCUCACCCGCUCGGCCCUCACUUCCGCUGGGCCGGUGGCAGCGGGCGGCGGCGGCAGCAGGACGGGAUCUGCAGUCAAGCGCAGAGUGCUGCUGCGGCGCAGCCUGGGAGCUCCCACUGUUCACUGGAGAGCUGUCGACCUAGGUGGGGAAAAAGGCUCUGAAUAAAUCCCAGGGACGUGCCGCUAGCUGGAGACCACCAUGACGGACUCGAAGUACUUCACCACCACGAAGAAAGGGGAGAUAUUUGAGCUGAAAGCUGAACUGAACAGCGACAAGAAGGAGAAGAAGAAGGAGGCCGUGAAGAAGGUGAUAGCGUCCAUGACUGUCGGCAAAGAUGUCAGCGCUCUCUUCCCGGACGUGGUGAACUGCAUGCAGACAGACAACCUGGAGCUGAAGAAGCUGGUCUACCUCUACCUGAUGAACUAUGCCAAGAGCCAGCCGGACAUGGCCAUCAUGGCAGUCAACACCUUCGUGAAGGACUGUGAGGACCCAAACCCCCUGAUCCGGGCUCUGGCUGUGCGGACCAUGGGCUGCAUCCGCGUGGACAAGAUAACGGAGUAUCUCUGUGAGCCCCUGCGGAAGUGCCUGAAGGACGAGGACCCUUACGUGCGCAAGACGGCAGCUGUCUGCGUGGCAAAGCUCCACGACAUCAAUGCCCAGCUGGUGGAGGACCAGGGCUUUCUGGACACCCUUAAAGACCUCAUCUCAGACUCCAACCCCAUGGUAGUGGCCAAUGCAGUAGCGGCUCUCUCAGAAAUAGCAGAGUCUCACCCGAGCAGUAACCUCUUGGACCUCAACCCUCAGUCCAUCAACAAGCUGCUCACGGCCUUGAACGAGUGCACCGAGUGGGGCCAGAUCUUCAUCCUGGACUGCCUGGCAAACUACAUGCCCAAGGAUGACCGGGAAGCCCAGAGCAUUUGCGAGCGGGUGACGCCCCGGCUGUCCCACGCCAACUCGGCGGUGGUGCUCUCGGCGGUGAAGGUGCUGAUGAAGUUCAUGGAGAUGCUGUCGAAGGACCUCGAUUAUUACGGCACGCUGCUAAAGAAGCUGGCCCCACCGCUGGUCACCCUGCUUUCCGCAGAGCCCGAGCUGCAGUACGUGGCUCUCCGCAACAUCAACCUCAUCGUGCAGAAAAGGCCUGAGAUCCUGAAGCACGAGAUGAAGGUGUUCUUUGUGAAGUACAACGACCCCAUCUACGUCAAACUGGAGAAGCUGGACAUCAUGAUCCGCCUGGCUUCCCAGGCCAACAUUGCUCAGGUGCUGGCAGAGCUGAAGGAGUACGCCACGGAGGUGGACGUGGACUUCGUAAGGAAGGCAGUUCGAGCCAUCGGCCGCUGUGCCAUCAAGGUGGAGCAAUCAGCCGAGCGCUGCGUCAGCACCCUGCUCGACCUCAUCCAGACCAAAGUCAACUACGUGGUGCAGGAGGCCAUUGUCGUCAUCAAGGACAUCUUCCGCAAGUACCCCAACAAGUACGAGAGCGUGAUCGCCACCCUCUGCGAGAACCUUGACUCCCUGGACGAGCCUGAGGCACGAGCUGCUAUGAUUUGGAUUGUGGGAGAGUAUGCCGAGCGGAUCGACAAUGCUGAUGAGCUGCUGGAGAGCUUCUUGGAGGGCUUCCAUGAUGAGAGCACCCAGGUUCAGCUGCAGCUGCUGACGGCCAUUGUGAAGCUGUUUCUGAAGAAGCCCACCGAGACGCAGGAGCUGGUGCAGCAGGUGCUGAGCCUGGCCACGCAGGACUCUGACAACCCCGACCUGCGGGACCGUGGCUACAUCUACUGGCGCCUGCUCUCCACGGACCCUGUGGCCGCCAAGGAGGUGGUGCUGGCGGAGAAACCCCUCAUCUCUGAGGAGACGGAUCUGAUCGAGCCGACCCUCCUGGAUGAGCUGAUCUGCUACAUUGGGACACUGGCCUCCGUCUAUCACAAACCUCCCAGCGCCUUUGUGGAGGGGAGCAGAGGGGUCGUGCACAAGAGCUUGCCCCCACGAACGGGCUCGAGCGAGAGCGCCGAGAGCCCCGACACAGCCCCCUCGGGGGUGCAGGCGGCAGAGCAGCCGGCUGUCAUUCCCACUCAGGGUGACCUACUGGGUGACCUGCUGAACCUAGACCUGGGUCCCCCGGUGAGUGGGCCUCCCAUCGCCACCUCCUCUGUGCAGAUGGGUGCCGUGGACCUCCUCGGAGGCGGCUUGGACAGCCUGAUGGGGGACGAGUCGGAAGGGCUGCGAAGCGAUGUGGGAGGCAGCCCUGCUAUGGGCGGCGGUGGCAGCUUCGCACCAGCGCCCAGCACCGCAGUGCCCGCGAACCUGGGGGCACCCCUCGGCAGUGGCCUGGGAGACCUCUUUGACCUCACCGGUGGAGUGGGGACCCUGUCAGGAUCCUACGUGGCACCCAAAACGGUCUGGCUCCCUGCCAUGAAGGCUAAGGGGCUGGAGAUCUCUGGCACCUUCAGCCGGCAGGUGGGCUCCAUCUCCAUGGACCUCGUGCUAACGAACAAAGCUCUACAGGUCAUGUCCGACUUCGCCAUCCAGUUCAACCGCAACAGCUUCGGCCUGGCCCCCGCAGCUCCUCUCCAGGUCCACGCGCCUCUCGCCCCCAACCAGUCCGUGGAGAUCUCCCUUCCGCUCAACACUGUUGGCUCUGUCAUGAAGAUGGACCCCCUGAACAACCUCCAGGUCGCGGUGAAAAAUAACAUCGACGUCUUCUACUUCAGCACCCUGUACCCGCUGCACAUCCUCUUCGUGGAGGACGGGAAGAUGGAGCGGCAGAUGUUCCUGGCCACUUGGAAGGACAUUCCCAAUGAGAACGAGGCCCAGUUCCAGAUCAAAGACUGUUCUCUCAAUGCAGAUGCCGUUAGCAGCAAGCUCCAAGGCAGCAACAUCUUCACCAUCGCCAAGAGGAACGUGGAGGGCCAAGACAUGCUCUACCAGUCCCUGAAGCUCACCAACGGCAUCUGGGUGCUGGCAGAGCUCAGGAUCCAGCCCAGCAAUCCCAGCUUCACGGAUUUGGAGUUGUCCCUGAAAUGCCGAGCGCCGGAGGUGUCCCAGUACGUCUACCAAGCCUACGAAACCAUCCUGAAGAACUAAGGUGCUGCUGCAGCCCAUCCUCUUCCUCUCCUCCCUUUCCCGCCCGAGGAUGCGGGGCAGGACCCGUGUGCAUGUCUUCUUUCCUUCCUGCCAAGGAACCAGCCCCUGGGAAUCUCCCUCCAGCCCCAGGGCCCUGAAAACGGAGCCGGUGCUCCCAUCUCCGGCAGGGCUGGGGUGAGCAGAGGAGGGCAGGGGCAUCCCGGCCAGUCCUUGCAUUCCUGUAGAAAUCUGUGUGUGAGUGAUGCGGUGUCCUCCUUGCUGAUGUUGCCCCGUCAAGAGCCCUGUUUCACCGUCUGGGUCCCUGUGACUGCUUUUUUUUUUUUUUUUUUUUUUUUUUUACUGAGCCGCCACACAUGGGGGGCUGUUCUCCUCCUCCCCUGCGUGCCCCCAAUCCUGCAAAAAUCCACCUCCCUGCUGGCGCUGGGUCUCGUGGCUGCCCGUGGUGGUGUCUGGAGAAGGGUUCAGCACUCCUCAGCCCUGGGAACAGCACGCUGGGGCUUGCCCUGAGCCUGUUUGGUGCUGGUUGGGGCCCAAAGUGCCGUAGGUUUGGGUGGCUCUUGCUGCAGAUCCCCCUGGAGCCUUGGGCCUCAGUGCUUGGUGUAGCCGGGAGCAGGUUGGAAAUAGCUUUGGCUUCUUCCUUCCCCUGCGGCAGCUCCUGCCUCUCCCCGGUUUUGUCCCCUGGUUCGGUUCAGGAAAGCCAUGGGUGAGCCCCUAGCCCUUUGGAGAGGGUCUCCUCCCCAUGGGAGCUGUUUCCAAAGGUCCCAGAAGGGCCUGAGGAUCUCAAAUUUGAGGCUGUACUUAACAAGUGCAGUAAAAAAGGGCUUUUCUAGCCCCAUCCAGCCCCUGCAGUGGGGCUGGGAGGGCUCUGAGCAUUAACUCACGCUGCCCUUGCCCCCCCGCUCUGCCCCCCGCUCCCCAGCCCCACGGCUCCCUCUGCUCCCCGCUGUCACCCAUGGGUGCCGGAGAGGAUGCGCUGCCUUCCCCUGUGGUGACACUACUCCUUCCCCCCCCUUCCCCCAGAAAUAAAGCCAUGGGUCACCCCUAACUAGAAGUGUUCGGUGCAGGAAAUAUCUAAUAUAUAAAAUAUAAAUAUAUUGUAUGUUCACUUGUUUUAAGCGAACGUUGAAUAAAGGUGACAUCUGCCCACA